CAGGACAGGGACGGGGUGCACCCGGCGGUGGCUUUUCAAGCCCCUGGGUGCCGAUGGUGCCCGGUGCCCCCCAGUAUCCCCCAGCACACGCCAGGUUUCCUGUUUGCAAUCCUCACGCCUCCGGGUGCCGAGCGGCCGGGGGACAUCAGCCACGGGGACAUCGGUGAGGGGGACAUUGGCUGCCUGCGGCUCAUCCCACUGGGUCUGGGCCACUCCUUGAGGAUCCGAGGUGCUGGAAACGCCGGGAAUUGCCCCUAAAAGGUCUUUUCCAGCUCUUGUCCACAGCCGGCCACGGGGACAGCGUAGGGGGAUUUCUCAAGAGAGCUUGGGAGGAGGAACGCAAAGAGCUUUUAUUCUUCUGAGUCGCAGCCGGCUGGUGGCCAGAUCCGGCCCCGGCUCGCUGGGAAACGCCGGGACUUCGAGGAAAAGCCUGGCACUGCUGGGAUUUUCUGGAGGAAAGGCUGGAGCUGUGUGCGGCGGAGCGGGGGCGGAGCCCAGGACCCUCUGCCUGCGCCAGCCCAGGAAACCUCCCGCUCUUGGGGACAAAGCGCUGGGGACACCGAGGUGGCCCCAAGGCCGGGGAUCAGGGGCGUCCCCCCGCUUCUCCGCGUCGCUGCGAAGCCGCUGGUCCCGACUGCCCUGACCGCUGGAGCAUCACUAAUCCCAUCUUACAGCUGGGGAAACUGAGGCACGGGGUGGGGGGGGUGGGGGGGGUGUCAGGCCCCGGCAUUUGCCUGCUGCCGCGUAAGUUAGCACCUGAAAGAGGCUGGUUUGUGGCUUGGAGCUGGCGGGGGUGAGAACCAGGACCCCCCCCCCCUCUCCCUUAGUGGAUGCUGUGCGAAAACCCAUCAGUGUAAUGAGUUGGGGGGGCUCUGCCAAGAGCAGAGGGCAGGCAGGGCCCUCCGUGGGGCCUUGCUAAACCCCCCCACCCCCCCCAAAUCUCCUUUCCCCCUCACCCCAUGGCUUCUUGUCCUUGCAGUGAUGGCUGAGGGUGGCCAGGCCAGGGCCGUGGCUGGGGGGGGGCUGAGAGCUACCCCUGACAGCACCCAGGAUACGGGGGCUACGAGGAGCGAGGGGCUAGUGGCCACCCUCAGCCCGGGCAACGUGGAGGAGCUGUACGAGCUGCUGGAGACACUGGGCAGCGGCCACUUCGGCGUGGUGAAGCGGUGCCGGGAGCGCAGCACCGGCGCUUUCUACGCCGCCAAAUUCGUGAAGACGCGGCGCUGCCGGGGCAGCCGCCUGGGGCUGGAGCGGGGGCAGGUGGAGCGGGAGGUCGCCAUCCUCCGCCAGCUCGAUCACCCCAACAUCAUGCGGCUCCACGACCUCUUCACCAGCCGAGCCGAGAUGGUGCUCAUCCUGGAGCUGAUCGGCGGCGGGGAGCUCUUCGACUUCAUCGCGGAGAAGGAGAUGCUGUCGGAGGAGGAGGCCAUCGAGUUCCUGGGACAGAUCCUGCGCGGGGUGGGCUACCUGCACGCCCGCCGCAUCGCCCACUUCGACCUCAAGCCCGAGAACAUCAUGCUGCAGGAGAAGGACGUCCCCAAACCCCGGAUCAAGAUCAUCGACUUCGGGCUGGCCCAGCGCCUGGAGGAUGGUGUCACCUUCAAAAGCCUCUGCGGGACCCCGCAGUACAUCGCUCCUGAAGUGAUCAACUAUGAGCCCCUCAGCUCCGCGACCGACAUGUGGAGCAUCGGGGUCAUCACCUACAUCCUGCUCAGCGGCUUGUCCCCCUUCCAGGGUGAGACAGACGCCGAGACCCUUUCCAAUGUGGUGGCUGGUGCCUACGAGUUCGAGGAGCGCUGCUUCAGCCAGACCUCCGAGGCAGCCAAGGACUUCAUCCGGCAGCUGCUGGUGAAGGAGCCAGAGCACCGCAUGACAGCGGCCGAGUGCCUGGUCCACCCGUGGAUCAAGCCCCUGAGCCGCAAGCAGGCGGCGAACCGGAGCCGUUCCUCCAUCAACAUGAAAAACUUCCGCAAGUUCAACGCUCGGAGGAAGUGGAAGCUCUCCUACAACAUGGUGGCCGCCUGCAACCGGCUCUGCCGCACGCGGCUGCUCUGCGGCCUCAGGAAGGAGGAUGAGGAGCUGCGCCACUGCGAGAGCGAUCAGGAGGAGGAGGGCAGCCACCCCGUCACGCUGCUGCGCCGGAGGAGAAGCAGCUGCUCCUGAGGCCCACCCCCCCCCCCCAAAAAAAAAAUAAGGAGACAGGACCCCCCCAUGAGAAGAGCCCUGGGGAUCCCCCUGUCUCCCCACUCCAGGGCACAGGAGCUCUGUCCGGCUCCAGUGCUCCCAGUUCCACAGUGCUGGAGGGUCACUGGGGCAGCAGCCCCCCCAACACCCCAUCCUGCCCCCCCCCCGGUCUCUGCUGCAGUGGGGCCGGGGCUGCCCCACGGCUGGGACCCUCGCCCGUGCUCAGCCCCAGCGUGAAAAAUAAAUGUCUCCCCUUCA